AUGCGGUCCACCCUCCCCCUACAGCGCGGCGUGUUGAAGCGCUCAUCAUACUACAACCCGGACUACCGCACGGGGGCGGCCUUAAACCGCGCCCGCCGGCCGUACCUGUUCAAGAACUUGAUCACGGGCGCAUGUAUUUUCAGCUUCGCCAUUGGAGUUUUUGCCUUUACCCUCAAGGCCGUCGGUCAAGAUGAUUUCGAGGACGUGAUUGUCCCGGACGCCCCGGCGCGGUCGCCAAAGACACCUACCGCAUAG